GAAACACAAAAAUUCCUGCGAUUGUCACCGACGCUUUUGAAAGAAGGGGACCUUUGUUUACUAUUAACGGCGAUAAUUUAAACUGAAAUAGAAAGAAAGAUAUGUUUUCAUGAGGACGUCGGCCUAUUAAUAAUGAAUUGACCACUACCAGUUUCAUUCAUCCAUGGGACAAUGAGUAUUAACAUGCCCUUUAUGCCUUCACCAAGAGGGGGUCUACCCCAAGGCUACACCAAUGGUUACGCAGCGGGCAGUGGGGCUCAGCCGCAUGUCGGUCCUGUGCCUGGAAAUGGAAUGCAAGGAUUUAUGUUCAGGAGCCGCAAUGAGAGGAUUGACUGGAAGAAAAUUGCAUCCAUCGAUGUGGACCGUAUCAUGAGGGAUCUGGAUGUGAGUAGUUUACAAGAUUCUAUUAUGGGUAUCACGUUCUGCGACAUUGAGAGAGAGGUCGAUACCAGGAUGGUUGAUCAGAACUUUGUGACAGUCUUCAAGCUUGCCCAACUCAUUAUUCAGUAUCUUCUUCAUUCUCAGGAGGUGAUGGCUCAUAAUACAAGCAUAGCAGAAGAGAGGGUUCAGCAGCUUCAUGUUGACCAUGAAGCAACCAAGAUGGAGCUUUCUAGAUUAGGGGAGGAGCUACAGAAGGUCAAACAGGAGUCACACAAGAGGAAGAAACUACUCAAAAACCAACAGAGCCUCAUCCAAGCUACAGCUAAUAAUUAUCAUAAGUGCAUGUACUGCCAGAAGGCCUUCUUUAACCUAGCCUACCUCCAAUCUCAUGUGCAACGCAAGCAUCCAGAGUUUACACCAAGACCUCCGCAGGCUGAUGAUAACAUCACUGCUAGAAAGAUGGAUGAAGUGAGUGAAAAGUUAGAGAAAGAACUAGAUGAACUCCGGGAGAGAUUAAAAUUCUCAGAAUCACAAGUAGCGGAGGAGAGAGACAGAGCGCAAGAACAAAUCAAGUUAGCACUCCAACAAAAACAGAACCAAGGAGAAACAGAGAAACUAGAAGAGCAACAUCGGAAGGAACUAGAGAGAUGGAAACAUGAACAGUUGAAUUUUCAAAAGGUUGAAAUGGAAAAGAUGCAGAAUAUGUUUAUGAAGGAGCUGAAAGAGAUGCAUGAUAAGUACACGUCUUCCCAAUCUGCUCUGGAAAAUAUCCAAUCCAAACUUGGUAAACAAUCAAUGCUAGGUAAGAUAGUAGAUGAGGAUGAACUGGAGGAAUAUAAACGACGAAGUAAAAAACAAGAGAAAGAGAUGAACAGAUUAAAAGAGGAACUCCACACAGAGAUUUCAACAGUCCAAACGAAGAUGGUGAACGACCUGAAGACGAAGGAGGAUGAGUGGAAGAAGAAACAGAAGGAAAUGAAAUCAUCUUAUAAAGAAGAAGUGAAGGAAUUGAAAGCGUUGUUAAAACAGACUAAAGAACUUCUUGAUAUAGAAAGAGAAGGAGGAGACAAGAAAGGAGCCAAGUAUCAGAAACAGCUCCAGGAUCUCCUAAAGAAAAACAAGGAUUAUGAAAGACAGCUCAAAGGCAAAGAGGAAAAGAUUAAAGAAUUGAAAGUCAAAGCUUCCAAACACUAUGAGGUAGUAGAACCUCGGUCAUCCCCUCCGACGAGAAUGAAGAUACCAACCCCGUCCCCGAUGGAACCAGAAUCAGACGAAGAGAUGGAUACCGGGCAGGAGAAUUCCAUUGAAGGAAUGGAUACCUUAUCACGUGUCUUACAAGAGUCGGAAUCAUGGCUGACUGGCACGCAUCCGUCUUACAAUCUUCCCGAAUCAGAUAUAGAUGAUGAUGAGCUAGAUGGGAUGAAUGGACAUCAACCUCAAGAUCAACUCAAUACAUUUGCGAAAAACAAAGACCGUAUUAUGGAAGGAUUGAAAGAAGAACUGACUGGUGUCUUACAGAAGAAUAUGGAAAAGAGAGGAGUUCCUGAGGGAAUGAGAGGUAUCUCGUCACAGUCUCUGGAGAAUAAGAUCAGAGUCUUGAAGCAAGAACGUCAGCAGCUUGCCAAGCAACACAGCAAGUUCUAUGACAUCAGAGAGCGUUUUAAGAGAGAGAUAGAUCGCAAGGCAGCAGAACUCAGGAGGAGUGUAUCACCGGUCGGCAAGGGUGGCCGCUCGGCCUCCCCCCAACCGAGACUGAAGUCGGUCACUCCUCCUCCUCGAUCACACAAGGUAUCCUCAAAGAGCAAACCAACCGGGAAACAGCUUCAGCAGCAGAAGAACCAGCAAAAACAGAGACAGCAACCAAAGCAGCAGCCUCAGGCAGCCGUCAAGAAGCUAUCCCCUGGUCAGGUCAGGUCUGGCCCACCGGUAGCCCCUCGGAGCCCGGCAUUGAAUAGUGGGCGGGGCAAGGGCGUGGCUUCCAAGGGGCAGGGCAACACCCCCAAAUCCAAUGUCAGAGUAUCAUUUGAAGAUGAAAGUGAAGAGGAGGAGGAGGAAGAAGAGAGUGAAGAAGAGGAAGAAAGUGAAAGUUUUGAAGAAGAAGAAGAUGCAGAAGAGCACUAUAAGACUCCCAAUGUCCCACCGAGACCAGCGGCUCAUGGGCAACCAGCCACUAAUGGGUUUCAUCAUCGUAAUACUGAGGGUGAUGAUGAAGACGAUGAGAGUGAGUGGGAUUCAGAAGAUAUCAGUGAUUUAGAGGAAGCUAAACCCGCCCCUGCUCCAGCUUCUAAACCCGUAACAUCUGUUCGUCAGCCUCAGGGUCAAAUGGUGUCCAGUUUGACCAGGAGUAUUGAGCUGCAGCUGAGUGGACGGCAGAAGGGUCAUAAACCAGUCGGGGGUGUGGACAUAGGAGCCGGUAGCGCAAAACCACCCCAGCCAGCUCCCCGGACCCCCUCACCAUCCCCUACUCCUAGGAUACCGACGAUCCCCGAUGCUGGUCUUGAUGAUGAUUUUGAUGAUUCUGGAAGUCUAUCUGUGUCUUCAUUGGGUGAUAGCUUCUCAGGUUCUGCACAGAAACCAACCAGCCCUACACCAGCACCCAGGACAGGGAAGAGAUCCAAUGAUACUGAUAUGUCUAGUAAUACAUAUAAUACCAGUAUGUGGGGCUCAUCAAAAGCCAAAGCUAAUGGAACUGGUACCGGGAAAAGCUCCCUAGUCUCGGUGACUGACUUUGAUGACGACGACGAUUUCGACAUCGACGAGUUGGGCUGAUGGUCAGAAGCAUCUCAAGUUUAUGUGACUUAUCAAGUGUAAGGAAUCAAGUUCAGUAUUCAUUUUUUACAGACAUGUUUUAGAUAUGAUUAUUCACGUCUGGGGCCGACCUAAUUGUCGCCAUCCGAGAGACUUGAUUAGAGCUUGAAUCUCUCUGUAUCAAUAUAUAACUUUCUCAAUGUAGCUUGGAUUAAAGGAACGCGCCACAACGCCCAAUUAAAACAAUAAGCACUUAAUACAUCGGAACAUCACUAGAAGUUGUUUACAGAAAUACCAUUGCCCCGGUCAUCAGAUUCUUAGACACGAUGUAUGCACAUUCUCCACUCCCAAGGGACCAUUCCACAACAAGUGUUUUCUAACUCAAUUGCAAAGUAUAAGAUAUUGGCUAUCGCAUUUUACAAGGUACCCAUUUAAGACACCUAGGUCAAGAGUGGCAAAGUGUAGAUUGAUGACUUGUCAAAGGACACUAGGACAUGUUUGGAUAUAAGAAUAUUUAUUAUUUAGCCUGGAAAAUACUGCAAAUUUUAACCCAUGAAUUUCCACAUGACAGUCCCAGAACCACCAUAGAUGUCAAAUGGCGUUUACCACAAAAUAUUCUCUUUGAUAAUAAAACAGCAUUUAAGUAUUAUGCAAUAACUUCUGAUAAAAAUAUUAGACAUUAUGGUCUGUGUUGUUUGGUGGAUCAGAUAUCUUUGAUCGCAAUUCUGUUAUGGUUUGAGGCUCUUUUUGAUAAUUCUAUUGUAUUAAAUUCUUUGGUAAUAGUCUACCUCAUCUGUAUCAGCUAUCAAUUUAUCCAGUUUCUACCUUUUAAUUUAUUGAUGAAAUUGGUGUAUUUGAUUAUUUUGGAGAAAGGGGUUGUCCCUUGGAUUGACAUCAGUGGUUUGGACAUGGUUUUUAUCAUCCUUCAAAGUUCAGCAUAUUUAUUUUGCAGUGUUCAGUGCUGUUAACUUGAUACAGAUUCAAUCCAAGCAAAAUUGGUAAUGAUCAAGAUGUAUUUGAAGUUGUGCAAAUUUGAUUUUCUUGAAAAAUUGCAUUUUGCUUUAGAUACAUGUAUGAAAGUUCCGAGAAGUUCUGCAUAAUGCUAGAAAUGAUAAAAUCCAAUUCUGCUUUGCUAGCCUUGUGGUUGGAGUAAAACAAAAAUUGGCUUCAAGUCGCAGCCGAUGAUGAUGUCAUUACGCUUUGAAAUGAACUUCAUUCUUAUUCCUAUGGGGAGGCUCAGAAUAGACUUUAGUUUUUAUUGUAUUAUUCAUACCUCUAUUCAGAUUUUAUAGGUUGGAACGUAUAUAUCAAAUGUUAGUACAAUUCCUUUGAAAUCGGAUGAAAAAAAAUGAAAAUCCAUGAUUUAUUGUUCGAAAUAGACAUGAAAUGAAAUACUCCGAAAAUUUGCUUUGCCCAAUUGAUCGUGGGCCCGGCAACCGCUGUGCAGCGCCAGAUCGACGAGGCUCUAUCCCUUUGAACGCCAAACAGGGUAGCAGCAACUCCCAUCUUUUAACGUCUUUUGGUCUGACGCAGUUGGGGUUUGAACCCCCGACCUCCCGGUUGUGAGACGGACGCCCUACCAACUGAGCCAACACAAUGGAUUGUGUGGGGUACACCGGGCUUGAGUUUAAAUUCAUUCUUUUUAAUAUUAUUUUAAAUUGUUAAAGGGGAAUGAAACCUUUGGAACAAGUAGGCUUGUGUC